AAAGUUGGGCUGCGGAGGGGGCAGGCUGGUCGUGCCUGGCUGAAUCUGGAGGUAAAAUGGCGCUGACUACUCAAGGAACAAAGAAGAAAGUUUGUUAUUAUUAUGACGGGGACGUUGGGAACUACUACUAUGGGCAGGGGCAUCCAAUGAAGCCCCACAGAAUUCGUAUGACCCACAACCUGCUGCUCAACUAUGGGCUGUAUAGAAAGAUGGAGAUUUAUCGGCCACACAAGGCAAACGCAGAGGAAAUGACAAAGUACCAUAGCGAUGACUAUAUAAAAUUCCUGAGGUCUAUCCGACCUGACAACAUGUCUGAGUACAGCAAGCAGAUGCAGAGAUUUAAUGUAGGAGAAGAUUGUCCUGUAUUUGAUGGUCUGUUUGAAUUCUGCCAGCUGUCUGCUGGUGGAUCAGUAGCCGCAGCAGUAAAGCUAAACAAGCAGCAGACCGACAUUGCUGUCAACUGGGCUGGAGGUCUGCAUCACGCCAAGAAAUCGGAAGCCUCUGGAUUUUGCUACGUUAAUGACAUUGUUUUAGCUGUCCUUGAGCUGUUGAAAUACCAUCAGAGAGUUUUGUACAUUGACAUUGAUAUCCACCAUGGAGACGGCGUGGAAGAAGCGUUCUAUACAACAGACCGUGUCAUGACUGUAUCCUUCCAUAAGUAUGGAGAGUACUUCCCUGGAACCGGAGACCUCCGAGAUAUUGGAGCAGGCAAGGGCAAGUACUAUGCUGUGAACUACCCACUCAGGGAUGGAAUAGACGACGAAUCCUAUGAAGCCAUAUUCAAACCAAUCAUGUCUAAGGUGAUGGAGAUGUACCAGCCUAGCGCGAUUCUGCUGCAGUGUGGCGCUGACUCGCUGUCUGGAGACAGACUGGGCUGCUUCAACUUAACCAUCAAAGGGCAUGCCAAGUGUGUGGAAUACAUGAAGAGCUUUAACCUGCCCUUGCUGAUGCUGGGAGGAGGAGGUUACACUAUUCGCAAUGUGGCCAGGUGUUGGACGUACGAAACCGCUGUAGCUCUGGACACUGAAAUCCCAAACGAGCUGCCUUAUAAUGACUACUUUGAAUACUUUGGUCCUGAUUUUAAACUCCACAUCAGCCCUUCAAACAUGACGAACCAAAAUACUAAUGAUUAUCUGGAGAAGAUCAAGCAGCGUCUGUUUGAGAACCUGCGCAUGCUGCCCCAUGCCCCUGGGGUUCAGAUGCAGGCCAUCCCGGAAGAUGCCAUUCAGGGGGACAGCGGGGAGGAGGACGAGGAGGACCCAGACAAGCGCAUCUCCAGUACGUUGAAUGGGUCCG